UGCCACGUCUACGUGCAGAAGAAGACAGAUUUUGACGUCAACGCGUAUGAGCAUGCCUUCCACGCCCGAACAUAAACAAAGGCAGGACGUUGCGCUGCAAUAAACUCUACUCUCCUGGUAUUUUAUAUGCUAACAGUACCGACAAAUUGGAGAGCGACUUAUUUUUGGAGCCAUGGAAAAGGCAUUAUUGAUGCGAGUGAGUGUAUUUACCGACCAAGGAGGCAGGAAAUACAUGGAAGAUGUGACCGAGGUCAUAGUAGAGCCCGAGCCGGUAGAAGAUGAGCCGACCUCGGGUGAGCCAGAGGAGAGCACUGGGGGAGACCGCACGGUCAAUUAUCUGACUGCGGACACGCAUCCAGACCGGACUGGUGAAACCGCCGUGUCCCAACAGGUUUCAGAUUCAUCAUGUGAAUCUGUGCAAACGGAAGACCAAAGUAUUUUAGUGGACAUAUCUUUAUCGGGAUGUCAGAGCCCGCCGCGAGCUCAGGAGAGCUAUGCGAGUCCUUCCCGCCGUUCCGUGGCGUUCUUCGCUGUAUUUGACGGGCACGGAGGUCGCGAGGCUGCGCAGUUUGCACGAGACUAUUUGUGGGAGUUCAUGAAAAAGCAGCGGGGGUUCUGGUCAGACUGUGACCGGGAGGUCUGCUCUGCUAUACGCAAAGGAUUUGUAGCCUGCCACCACGCUAUGUGGAAGAAGCUACCUGAAUGGCCAAAGACACUCACAGGCCUUCCUAGCACAUCAGGCACCACAGCCAGUGUAGUUUUCAUACGAGGAAAUCGCAUGUAUGUGGCCCACGUUGGGGACUCGGCAGUGGUUCUAGGGAUCCAGGAUGACCCCUCAGUCCCAUUCAUCAGAGCUGUGGAAGUCACACAAGACCACAAACCUGAACUACCCAGAGAGAGGGAGCGUAUUGAAGGUCUGGGAGGGAGUGUUAUCAAGAAGUCUGGAGUGAACCGGGUGGUCUGGAAGAGGCCAAGGCUGAGUCACAACGGCCCAGUCCGUCGGAGCACUGUCAUUGACCAGAUACCAUUCUUGGCAGUAGCCCGAGCUCUAGGUGAUCUGUGGAGCUAUGACUUCUACAGCGGAGAGUUUGUGGUUUCUCCAGAGCCAGACACUAGUGUGGUGAUUCUUGAUCCCAGAAAACACCGCUACAUCGUCCUGGGCAGCGACGGUCUGUGGAACAUGGUGCCACCUCAAGAGGCUAUCUCCAUGUGUCAGAACAACAAUGAGGAAAUGGCACCAUGUGGGGUAUCGAGUGCCCGGCAGCUUGUCAGCCACGCUCUGCUGCGGUGGCGCCAGCGCAUGUUGCGUGCUGACAACACCAGCGCCAUUGUAAUCGCCCUGCAGGAGCCUGGGACCUCCCAGGACGCGCUGCACCAUGAGGAGGUGCUGCUGGACCUAGCCAAGGUGUCCCAGUGUCCUCCUACCUCCAUAUCCCGCGCUGACACUCCUCUCCUUCAGCAGCAGCCUCAAGAGGAAGACUCUCCCUCGGCCAUGUGUGAGCUCCUCCCUGCCUUGGAGCGACGGGACGGCCUAUCGGGAAGCAACAGCCUGUACCACAUGACUCUGUCUGACGCGUUCACCUUGACUCCACUGGGUCCUAACAGUCGUGCUGAGCUGCCCAGUCAGUCCAGUCCCACUGACAGGACAACUGGCAGCAGGACACCCAACAGCAAAAGAACUAUUGACGGCUCAUCGUCCGGCCCGUCGGCUAAGAAGGCCAGACGCAGGACUGCCGACAGGCUGCCGCUGGUCCAACACAACGCAGAGAAAAAACAGAAGGAUUCCAAUAAUGUCUCCCCUAUUCUCCAGAAGCAUAACAAGCCCACAGUGUGUGUGUGCUGAAACACACGCAGACACAUCAACCUGCCGCCUCCCACUAUCAACCUUGUCUCCAGUGGCAUUUCUGUUCCUCAUGUUUGUCCUGCACAUUCUCUCAGUGCAAACCAGCCUUGCUGUAGAGGUUGUGGAAAGACUUUUCUCCGUGAUUAGCACCAGUACAAUAGUCUUUUGAAAACUUAAGGACCGCUAAUUUUCACAAGACCUUUUGUGUCUUGUUUCAACAUACCUUCCUGAAAUGCUGAUUAAAUGUGUCCUACGCCACCUCUUUCUGGUAACAGUUGUAAGAAAUAAGUAUGGCUAAUGAUGCUAGUGUAAAUAUAAUGCGUUUUAUAGUUCAGUAUUGAGUACGUCAAACUGUUCAUUUAAAACAAAUAUAUAUUUUUUUAAACCUUCUUUUAUUGUUCGAUGAUAAAGCAUGAAAAUUUAGAUGAGCUCUACCACAGCUUCCAUUUCCUUUUCACUCCAUAUAACGUUGUGUGCACACCCUGUUACAAACAUAUUUAUGUGUUUUUAUUCUCAUCAUUUUAUUUAAUCACUGGAGAUUUGUCUUGAAUUUAAACUGAAGGUGCUGCUACAGUCACAAACCAGUAAGCUACUACAUUGUGUAUAUUGAUAUAUAAAUAUAUUAGUGUUAGCAGUAGCAUUUAUUUCUUCUUUGAGAGUAUGCAUGUGACAUAACACAUCUGCCCCUUUUGAGGUUUCAAAUAAUGGAAGGUGUUUUUAAGUUUUAAUUGCACAUAGCUUCUUAAGUCGUAGAUCCACUCUCUAGUCGUCAUCAUAUUACAAUGUUGUUAUUUGUAACGACGCAUUACAGUUGAGAUUUUUGGUGUAAUCUCUUCCCCUGAGCCAGCUUUAGCCAUUCAUACAUCAGGUAACCAUUUUCUUUAUUUCUGACAAUGCCCUUCAGCAGCCUUCUGCUGUUAGCAGAAGUUGGUAUGUCUGCCUCUACAAUGAUGGAUUUUUCCCUCUGAGUUUGCUACGUCCAAGGCUCUAAAAAAACAAAGACUUUUGGAUCUGAGGAACCGACACAAAACCUGAUGUUUACAAUCAAUGUUUUGUCAAUAUUUUGUGCUGCCAGACUUCCAUUGUGGCUGCACUGGAUGUAUCAGUGAUGUCACAUCUGUGAGAAAAAUGCUCCAUCUCAAGCAUGUUGGUCUCUACAGACGGGAUCGUCUCACAUCAACAGUCCAUCCUGCUACUUGGAUUUAUCUUGUUUGCAACAAGGUAACAGCUGUUUUUCCUCAAAAGUUUCUUUAGCAUUUCCAUAUAGACGCCAUUGUCCCUCCAUGCUGCAGCUUUAGUGGUGGUUACGGAUGUAUGCACAAGGCUCAUUUGUGAGUAAACACACAACGCAUGGACUUCCUAAGAGAAUAUUUUUGCACUAUUAUGGUGACCUAAUUAUCUUUGAUAAGAGUGUUUUCUUUGAAAAUGAUGCAACUAGUGAAUGAGAUGAUUUGAGUCUCACAGCAAAUAUAGGAUAUUUGAGGUAAAAUAAAAUAAUUUUAACUUUCAUAAGUAGAAGAGAAUCCUCACUAAUCUGAGUAGAGUAGCCCCCUUUCACCUCUGGUGGUUUUGUUACAGAACAGACAGUGUAUGAUUUAGAUGAGAAAUAGUCACUGCGAAAUAAUGACCAUUACACAAAUAUAACAGAUGUCUCAAUCUUUGUAAAACCUUGUUACAUGAUGUAUUUUCAUUGAGUUAAGUGCAAUUUCUAACAGAAAUAAGUAACAUUAUGGAUUGGUUAAAAUAUUGUACAAGGAGUGAUAAUGUUGAUGUUUGACACGUUCUCUCUGCGAAUACAGUCUGUAAUCUUUGCUGGGGAUUUUUAUAUACGUAUUUUUUUUUGAUUUCUCAUAAAUGUUAGUAUACUCAUUUACUUUGUUGAAUAAUGGCAUCCCUGAUUCGGAUGGCUGCGCUAACAGCCUAAAGUGCAUGUGUACAGUGUAAAUGUGAACAACACUUUGGAAAUGAACCUAUUUAAAUAAAAAGCACUCUGAAGUCCAUUGA